UCUUAAAAUUUUUUUUUUUCUUUUUGGUUAAUUAUUUUUUUUAUUUUCUUAUUAUAAUAAAAUUAUUAUAAUUUAAAUAUAAAUCAGCUAUUGUCAGUUAUAAUAUUAAUUAAAUAUUGUAAAAUAAUAAUAUAAAUUUUUAAAUUGUUUUUAACAACAGUAUUUUCAUUUUUUAAAAAAUAAUUAAAAAAUGAGAUUAGUAAAUACCUUAUUAAGGUUAUCUAUAUUUUUUACAUUUUUUUAUUAUGUAAAAUGUUUUGAUUAUAGUUAUGUAUAUCAAAAUCAAAAAUUAAUUUACACCAGUACGGCAAGUGCAACUGUAACUCUUUCAAAAAUUGCACUUUUGGAUAAUUCAAAUAAAGAGUUAUCAAAAAUACCUUUUACAUGUACUCUAGAUGCUUCAAAAAAAAAUGUGUGUACCAGUGAUAUUCUUAACCCAGCUAAUUUAAUUUCAUGGAGAAUCAGUUUUUAUGCCAAAGAUAAAACAGGAAAAGAAAGUGAAAAGAAUGAUGGUACAUUCCCAUCGCCAGCACCUAAUCUCUCCCCUCUCUCAAAAAUCCCAACUAAAGGUGGCCAACUCUUGCUCAAAGGAGAUUUCUUAAGACUAGGACAAGGUGACCCAACUGUUAUAACAUUUAUCUCCGACAAAACCACCUCUUUAAAAGUUAUUCAACAAUCUGGAAGUUUCGAUGCAUCAUCUUUCUCAGUUAAUGCUCCAGUUGGUUGUGGUACCUUUAAUAUUAAAAUUGGAACCAAGUAUUUCUCGGGUUCCUACAUAUCACCAACCAUUACUUCCAUAGAUGGUAAACCAGGUCAAUACAAGAUUCAAGGUACAAAUUUUUUCAAUGAUGCAACAAAGAUUGACUUAAAAUCAGGUACUACUUCAAUUAACCAAGCUAUAACAUCAGUGAGUGAUAGCGAAAUUGUCCUUAAUUAUACUCCUCAAUAUGCUGAAUUAGCCUCAAUUUCAUUAAGCGUAGGAAGUCUUAGUGCCGCUGAAUCCUAUUCAUUAAAAAUUGCACCAAUGCUUGGUUCUUAUGUUCCAGAUACCGUCACAAAAAGUUCUGGAGGUGUUCUCACAAUUGCAGGUAAAUGCCUUUCACCUCCACCAGGUUCAGAUGAUGCUAUUUUAGUCGAUGUUGGAGGAGUAAGUUGUCCUGUUGUAACCAAUCAAACAGAUAGUAUUACUUGUAACAUGCCAAAGUUUUCAGGAGAAGGAGAUUUAAGUAAUCUUAAAAUAACAGUAUCUGUAGGAAGCAUUUCAAGUGAUAAUAGUGUAAACUUUGCUUAUUUCACCAAACCUAUUUUAGAAACCAUGGUCCAAAAUAAUUAUAAUUUCACUGUCUCUGGUAAAAACUUAGGAACAUCCGGUACUUCAAUUAUUGUAACCCCUGAUGGUAGCACUGAUGCUGUUGAAAUUACUAAAGAUAUCCAAUAUGAUCAAGAAGAAAAGUUAGUUUUCACUCUCCCAAUCAACAUGGAUAAAUGUUUAAUUUCAAUUAAAACUGACCAAGGUACUUCAAACCCAAUUCAAAUCGAUGCUAAACCUGUUGUUUCAUCAUUUAAAGGCUUCCCACCAACAAAAGGUGGUUUACUAGUUAUUGGAGGUGCUUAUAUCGAUCCAGCUUCAAAAGAUUCCAUUGUUAUAACCGUUUCUAAUCAAGGCGGAAAUAGUGAUGGUAUGAACUGUGGUAAUAUUCAAGUUAGCCAAGCUGAUGGAACCAUAUCAUGUGAUCUCCCAGCAGGUACUGGUAAUAAACUUGUUGCAACUAUCGUUAUUGGUGAUGUUUCCUUCCCAUUAUCAGGUUUAUCUUACCAAGCUCCAAGCAAUAUUAAAAUCCAGUCUCAAAAAGGUGAUGUCCUUGAAAUCUCUGGUGAUAACCUUGGAAGUAAGGCUUCUCUCAUUAGCUUAAAAGUAGGAGAUAAAGUAGUUUCGGCUUCAAAUAUAAAUAGUGACCAAACUGUUGCUACAUUUUCACUUCCAAGCUAUAUUACAUCUAAUAAAAAUACUUUUGUAAUAGUAGAUGGGGUUCAAUCAGAAAGUCAAUUCGAUCUUGCAAUCAAACCACAAUGCUUAUCAAUUGAAAAAUCAAACACCGCAGGUCAAGAUAUUUUCAUUACUGGUGCAUUUUUUGAUAGUUCAAGUAAAUUCCAAGUUUCUAUUGGGGGAUCUGCUGCAAUUGAUGUAAGUGUAGUUAAUGCCACAGUUCUCAAAUUUGCUGCACCAAAAGGUAGUGGUUCAAAUAAAUUAAUUGCCAUCACUUACAAUGGAGAACCAUUAAACGAUGAAAAUAAACUUUACUUUAGUUAUAAUCCACCAACAAUUCUCUCUGCAACCAGUGUAGCCGAUAGUAAAGGUGGUGUAGUAACAGUUUAUGGUAGCAAUUUUGCAGAAAAUGGAGCAACAGUUAAAAUUGAUUCAAAAGUAUGUUCAAAUAUUACAGUAAUCAAUUCAAACUCAUUAAAAUGUACAGUUCCACCAGCCCCAGCUAAUGCAACUGCACCAGUUAAGGGUAAGAAAUAUCCAAUUAUUGUUUCAAUUGAUGGUCAAAGCGUAACUGAAAAUAAAUUUGAAUAUAAUAAUGAAGCUAUUAAUACAAUUCCACCAGAAUUAACCAAACCACCGGUUCCAACCAAAAAAACUGAACCAACUCAACAUCCACAAGAAACCCCAUCUGAACAAAAUAACAAUUCGAAUAUAAUUUAUCAUUCAUCAAUAUUAAUAUUAGUUUCAAUAAUUAUAAAUAUAAUCUUUUAAAUUUUAAAUGAUUAUAUUAUUAGUUAUUAUAAAAAAAUAAAAAAAGAAAGAAAAAUAUAUUCAAUUAAAUAAAUAAAUAAUUCAAUAUAUAAAAUUUUAAAUAAUAUGUUUUUGUUUUAUUUUUUAUUAUCACACUAAAUUUUUGUUUAAUUUUAUUUUUUUUUAUUUUUUUUUAUUGUUUUAAUUUUUUUUUUUUUUUUUAAUUUUUUUGUAAAAUCUAACACAUCAAGUGAAUAAUUUAUUUCAUCAAAUAAUUAUGGUUUAAAGUCUCGAUCAAAUAGUAACAGCUUAGAACCUGUAUCAAGU